CGUGGGUUCGAGCCAAACUCCACUCCAGUCAAUCAAUCGCAACCCCUGCGAGCAGUAAAAGCCAUUUUUGAACUCGCUGUUUGUGCCACCUCACCUCACAGCAGCCGCCACGUCCCCGGCGUGGCGGUAGCCUCGCGUCGCAGUAGGGUUUUACCUUUGCUUCCCCUUUCCCCAAGCUGCAGAGGCCGCGGCGACCGAGGCGGGAAGAGGGGAGCCAUGGAGAUCGGGGGGCAGCACCCGGCGAGCAGCUGCUCCAAGGAGCACCAGAAGAUCUACCGCGACUGGUUCGCCCUCGCCGACUCAGAUGGCGACGGCCGCAUCACCGGCCCCGACGCCAUCAAGUUCUUCGCCAUGUCCAGCCUCCCCCGCGCCGACCUCAAGCAGGUCUGGGCCAUCGCCGACUCCAAGCGGCUGGGGUACCUCGGCUUCGGCGAAUUCAUCACCGCGAUGCAGCUCGUCUCUCUGGCGCAAGCGGGGAACGAGAUAUCCCAGGACAGCCUUCAGCGCGAAGAUCUAAUCAGCUUCAAUCCCCCAGUGAUGGAGGGUUUGGAUGCUCAACUUGCCAAAUCCAAGCAUCUGGCAAAGAGGGUCGAUCAGGAUAUGGAUGGAUUUCCUCAGGCACAGGGACCUUCUACUAACCAUUGGUUCAACUCGAAGUCAUCCAAGAAGAUACCCCUGACUGCUGUUACUUCUGUCAUUGAUGGUUUAAAAAGACUAUACAUCGAAAAAUUGAAGCCUUUGGAAGUUACAUACAAAUUCAAUGAUUUUGUGUCCCCUUUACUGACAAACAGUGAUUUUGAUGCAAAGCCAAUGGUUAUGCUCUUAGGUCAAUAUUCUACAGGGAAAACUACUUUCAUCAAGCAUCUGCUAAAAACAAGCUAUCCAGGUGCCCAUAUUGGACCGGAGCCGACAACCGACAGAUUUGUUGUUGUCAUGUCAGGACCUGAUGAAAGGACUAUCCCUGGGAAUACUUUAGCUGUUCAAGCAGAUAUGCCUUUUAGUGGUCUCACAACAUUUGGGACUUCGUUUUUGUCCAAGUUCGAAUGCUCUCAGAUGCCACAUCCACUACUAGAGCAUAUCACAUUUGUCGACACACCUGGUGUUCUUUCUGGUGAAAAGCAACGGACACAACGUAGCUAUGAAUUCACAGGUGUUACAUCAUGGUUUGCUGCCAAGUGUGACCUUAUCCUGCUUCUGUUUGAUCCUCAUAAGCUUGAUAUCAGCGAUGAGUUUAAACGUGUCAUCGGAUCUUUACGUGGACAUGAUGACAAAAUACGUGUAGUUCUAAACAAGGCCGACCAAAUUGACACUCAACAGCUUAUGAGAGUGUAUGGUGCACUUAUGUGGUCUCUUGGUAAAGUAUUGAAUACCCCUGAGGUGUCUCGCGUUUAUAUUGGAUCGUUCAAUGAUAAACCAGUAAAGGAAUCAGCUGUUGGCCCGAUCGGAAAGGAACUAUUUGAGAAAGAGCAGGAUGAUCUCCUUUCUGAUCUAAAAGAUAUACCAAAGAAAGCUUGUGACCGCAGGAUCAAUGAAUUCGUCAAACGUGCUAGAGCUGCCAAGAUACAUGCUUAUAUAAUUGGGCAUCUAAAGAAUCAGAUGCCUACGAUGAUGGGGAAAGCUAAAGCCCAGCAGAAACUUAUAGACAAUUUGGAGGGCGAGUUUGCAAAGGUGCAAAGGGAGCAUCAUCUUCCAGCAGGGGAUUUCCCUUACGUGGAGCACUUCAGAGAAGCAUUGGGCGGGUACAGCAUCGACAGGUUCGAGAAGGUGAAGCCCAAGAUGAUCCAGGCGGUGGACGACAUGCUCGGGUACGACAUCCCGGAGCUGCUCAAGAACUUCAGGAACCCUUACGAGUGAGCAGACAUCAUGAUGGAAAGACCGGCUUCGGUCUCAGGCGUAGAUGGUGGUAGCCAGUCUAGUAGGGUAUUUUAUUGCUAUAUUGUACCCAUUGCUGUGUAACUGUAUGCAUAAGAGCCAGAAGCAAUUGCUCAAUUGUUGGCUGGAGAACGGCCUUGUUGUAAUGGCAUGGAAAGAAUUCGGAAUAUGGUAUGGUGGGGUGGUCGCGUUGAUCCUUGAGAUGAUUAUCUAUUCGUUCGGAAGA